GGUACACUUAAAUGUGAGUAAUUGGUAACUGCAUAUGUAGAGUGUGUCAACGUAGGCGUUGUGAAAUAAGUGGGAGGAUCAAUAUAUGUAUGGCAGCCCUUUCAGCUAAUUGGGCAGAUUGAUUGCCACUCAAGACCGUUUCGCAUUUUAGCUAAGCCUAACCCUUUUCCUAACCUUAACCUGCUGCUAGGUUAGUUCUCCUAACUUUCCACUUUAAUUCUUCUAACCUGCCACGUUACUUAUUCUGACCAGCCACGUUGCUUUUGAUAAGCCACUUAAGCAAACAUUGACAGUUAGAGGAGUGAUGUUCUUUACUGCUGCAAUUACCUACUCAAGGUACUAGCUAGCUAGGCCAAUUUGUCUCGCGACCAAGUCAACGGUUGUCACUAGUUAGCAUAGCCACAAAGUCGUAACAAUUAAUGUAAUCUAAAAUCUUAAUCUUAAUUUAAAAUGGGGCAUAAAGUUAGGGUAAAAAUCAGAUUUUAUUAGAUACAUUGUAGAAAUAGGCGGAGUUUAGCCAUAAUUAUGGCUAAAAUCAGAUUUUAGAAGAUACAUUUUAGAAAUAGGCGGGGUUUAGCCAUAAUUAUGACUUUGUUACUGUGGUAACUAGUGACGACCCAAGUGGUCAACGGUUAGGUUGACCACCAUAACAUCAAGUAUCGAGAGCAGCACUCAGCAGGCCGCAGGUGAGCCACGCAAGCAAGUGCAAGAACGUUAUGUCCAAUUCGAGUCUGCAAUGGGUAUUUGAGCUCUUACUAUGCGUAAAUAUAUUGUCAAUUAGCUAGCUGCUUUACUACAAUGUUGGGGAAUUAGUUCUAGAGUCAACACUAAAAAGUUGUCUAACGCUAAUAUUAACUAUUAAAGCAAAGGUACCAAGCUACCUCUUAAUAUAUUCCUCUUCCUACUGUAUAUAUAUAUUUUUAUUAGAUGACUAGCUGACUUUUUUGAUCACUCUGGGUUCAUUUCAUCAUUGGGUGUAGCCUAUUUUAUUGGCUACCACCCCAUAAACUCAUCCUUGCAGAGAUGGACAGCACACAGGACGGACCGGAUAUUGUCACCAAACCCAUCAUAAUUCUGGGCACUGUUACCAGAGACAGAAGGUUUCUGCACUGGGUAGGCCAAGUGCUGAAGUUGAAGUGGCUGAAGAACAAGAGCCAAGAAGAGGUCAAAGUGAUGAUCGGGGAGCUGCUGCCCUCCUUCGCCUGUGGAUGUGUGGAGAACAAUGACUUCCUCUCCCUGCAGGAGAUCCUGGAGAGGAUGGAUGUGAACUGUGGGGACUACGACGGCACCACCCCCCUCCACAAGGCCUGUGAGAAGGGCAGGCUGGAUAUGGUCAAGUACCUGAUGGGUAAAGGAGCCAGCACCCAGCUCAAAGACCGCUUUGGAUACACACCGCUUCACCUGGCCAUCAAGAACCGGCACUUUGACAUCAUCCGCAUCCUUCGUCUGAAAGGAGCCCCUCUGUCUUUGGAGCUUGUGAGGAUCGGGCUGGAGCUGAUCAAGGUUGUCCAGAACAAGGACUACCAGCUGUUGCAAGCCUGGUACCUGUCUGGCGUGAACCUGGACCAGAGUGACUAUAACGGCCGUACAGCUCUGCAUAUUGCAGUCAGACUGAGGGAGAGGACCAUGGUGUCCAGGCUGCUGGAGUACGGAGCCACCCCUCUGGAGAGUGACAUCUGGGGUUGGACUGCAGUGGACGAGGCCCAGAACAACCGGCCCAGCAUCCUGAAGCUGUUCCACCCCUUCACUUAGCAGUUCCCUAAACAGGCCCAGAACAACCUGCUGCACCUGGCCAACAGGAUGAUCUGACCACUUCCAGUGUGCACCUCCCCAGGAAAUUCAUCCUUUUUAAUCCAGCCAACAACCCUAGACAAUCAAGUUCAUUCAGUGUUAUCAUACAAUGCUUUGCCUAUUGAUAAAGGAUUAUACUAACAAUCCCUUUAAGUGUUUUGUACCCAACAGCAUGACACUUUUACAAAGGCUUUGUUUUGCACUGUUUAUUUCAUUUACUCCAGAGAAUAACUUGUACAACUGGAUCUGUCAUUAGGGAAUGUCAACAUGGAAGGGAGGGACCAGUAAAACCA